CGGCACGGCAGGCAUACAAUUGUUUUGGUUUUCGGUUGGCAAUUGAUUUGGAGAAGAGAGGCAUGGAAUCGGAAUCAGGGAAGGGCAAUGGCAAAGAUGCAGUGAAGCAAGCCUCGCGCUUUCUUUCUAAACUUGCACGAGCUGGGAAAGAGCGAGAGGAGAUAGAUACGAAAGAAGGCCUGGCUCUGUGCUUGGGGCUUGCCCAAAACUUGCACCAAAACGACAUUUUUACGGGCACGGAAUUCACAGUUGCUGACUGCGCGGCUGUGAAAGGCAUCAUCGAACUGAUUGUGCGAUGGGGGAUUCGGCCCUACCUGCUUUAUUCACCCUCACCUUCACCUUCACCUUCAUCUUCACCGUCACCGUCACCGUCAUCCUCAUCCUCACAGGAUGUUCUGCUCACUUCCUGCAAUGUUCUUGGAUCAUUUGCUCUGGAUAAUCUUUACCACAAAGGCUUCUGCGUUUCGGUAGUGGUGCGGAACUAUUAUCUACCCGACGUUAUGGCAGGCUUUCUGCAACUUGGUUUUGCCCCCCAUCAAAAACAUGAAAAGAGGCGGAGUAUGGCGGUGGCUAAACUAGAGGAGGCGGUGGCAGCACUGGAGGUUGGAGAUAUGGUGGAAACGUUUUUAGUGUUGGUAGGCCAAAGAGAUGGCCGCUCUCCUCCGCCAUGGCUAAAACAUGAAGCAGGGAAGAUUCUUUCCAGACUUGUCAUCAAGGAUGGGGGAGUGCCCGCCGUAAUGCACAGAUUACUGGGCGCUGGGAUUAAGGGGGAUGUUCAAGUAUAUAGUAAUGUGGCUGCACAUUUAGCCAAGGUGCCAAAGUCUGUUACUAGCAGUGAAGAUUAUUACCGGGCAGUAUGUGCUCAGAUACUUCCUUUUUUAUCUUAUCAAAACUUUGCCAAAAACCGAUUAGGGGAAGGCAAAACCGCACAGCAGAUACUCCAAAACAUGCACCAUACUUCUUCAUUACUGGCCUGCAACAUGAUUGUUUGCGAACCAGAGCUUUCUGAUACUUAUCUCUUCAAACCUAUAUUGGUCCAUCUAGUAAAGUGGUGUAAGUUACAGACUAAGAUAUUUUUUUGUGAAAAUAUGUGGAUUGAAUGUGAAGGGGAGAAACUGACAGAAACAUCGAUUAUACAGAGUUUGAUGCAAAUUCACACCUUAUUAACAGCAGGUCAUAAAGAAGCAAAGAAAGUUAGAAAGCAGGUGCUGGAAGAAACCCGACCUGCUAUUCCUGCCUUGAUGAUGUUACAUUAUUUACUUGAAACAUCUACAACAUCCAAGCCUUUCUGCACUGGAGUGAUGCCUACAAAAACAGAAUUGUGUCUUUGCAAAGUGAAGCAAGGUGAUAAGAAAGGAUACAGUGAAACUGAAGAGGAGAUAAAUACGAGAGUUAAACAAAAUGAUGUGUCUUUGAAUGAGAAAAGAGAUAAAAUUACAGGGUUAAGAAAGGGCUUUCUUGAUGGACAUGUUUCACAGACGUUAGAUGAAGAUGAUCUUAGUCCUCUUGGAAGAUUGAAAAUUAUCAUUAAUGAUUUGAUGAUUGCACAUGUUUGUGAACUGCCUGAAGAUUUCACUCAUCUUUUGUUAGAUUUCCUAUCUGAUUUGGAUGUAAAAAAAUUUAGAUGGCCUUCUACAGAGGGAGACAUUUGGAAUGCGUUGAAUGUUACCAAUUACUGUGAACACACCCCAACUGAGUAUCUCUCAAGAUUGUUGCUGGCCUGUGAAAGGUGGUCCUUAGUGGUGAGAUUAAUGGGUGAAAUCUUGAGUAAAAUAUUUCAUCUCCAGCAGUCUCUGAAGCCGCAACUGUUCUACAAAGACAACGAUGGAGAAAUUUCUCCAUGGACCAAUAUGCUGCAAAUAAUGCAGUCUUUUGAAACUCUUAAUGAGGUUGUAGGAUCAAAAGCGUUGCAAUAUGAUUCAAUAGCUGCUUCCACAAUAGUACAGGGUGUUCAAGUUGAAGAAGAUCAAAUGAAGUAAUUGCUUGCCAUACUACAUCAAAGAGGAGGGUGUGUGAAAGAACCAACUGAAGCCCCUAUGUUUUGGGGCACAUUCCUCCUAGCUUAGGGUCGCCUUGACUUUAUUUGAAGAAUUCAUAUAAUUUCUGUGUGGUGAAGUGAACUAUGACAAGAUAUGUUGAUUUUAUGCUUCUGAUCCUGCAACAUCAACAAUAGUAAUGUUCAGUUUCAGACUUGUUAUGCCUGUUCUGUUACAUCAGACCGAAAUAUAUUUCCUUCCAGUUUUCUGAGUUGAAGCUUGGGUGUGUCUUAAGGUGUCUUUCAGUUUAUAAAUGUUUGGUGGUGUGUUGGGAGUGAGUUUGCUGUGAUUUCUGAGCGUUUUACAUGCUGUUCAGGCCUGCACAGCUUGUUUCCUGUACUUUUCAGAUCUGUAUCAGCAAUAACACUCAUCAUUAAGGUAUAUUGCUGUUGUUUCAAUUUGGGAGGGUU